GCAAGGGCUUCGGAUCCCACACCGAGGAAAGGAGAAGAGAGCGAGGGUCGGAAUAAUGGCGGCCGAGGAGGGUGCCGUGAUCGCGUGCCACACCAAGGACGAGUUCGACGCCCGCAUGGCCAAGGCCAAGGAGCAGGGCAAGCUGGUGGUCAUCGACUUCAUGGCCCCCUGGUGCAGUGGGUGCCAGAUGAUGGCCCCGGUGUACGCGGACUGCGCCAGCAAGUACCCUUCCGCGGUCUUCCUCGAGGUCGACGUGGACGAACUGCUGGAAGUCGCGAAGAUCUACGGCGUCCAUGUGAUGCCGACCUUCUGCUUCAUCAGGAACGGCGAGACGCUCGAGAGCUUUGCUACCGUCGACGAGGACGAGCUCCGGGACGCCGUCAGGAAGUACGCCGCCGCUGGCACUACGACGGCUCCUGCCUCGGCGUCCGCCUAAUUCAGGAGAUGUGAUGUGUAGCAAAUAGCGCGCGCGCACCAGUCGUCAAUAAAUAAAUAAAUAAAUAAAUAAAUAAAUAAAUAAAGGCCAACGUACGACGACAAAUUAGUGGCGCGCGCGGUAGUAGCUAGCAGAGUAUGCGCCGCCACUGUGUCGAUCUGCAGUUUGGUCGUUUAAAAGUGAUUGUAGUGUGUACUAUGUUCAGCUCGAUGAUCUCGGAGUCGCUAUAUACGCUCGCUCCCGUGCUGGACGGGUUAUCGAUCUGAUGAACAAGAAUACAAUAAUAUGUAUGGAUACUUGUGACGGGGUUCCGCGG